AUGUGGCCCCUGGCCACAGCGAUCGCCUCCCUGACCUUGGCCUUGUCAGGCGGCGUCUCUCAGGAGUACCUCAAGAUUAUGAAUGGCACCAAUGGAACCAAUGGAGUUCUCCCAGGUGGCUACACCUGCCUCCCUCACUCUCAGCCCUGGCAGGUGGCCCUACUGGUGAAAGGGCGGCUGCUUUGUGGGGGAGUCCUAGUCCAUCCCAAAUGGGUCCUCACUGCGGCACAUUGUCUGAAGGACGGGUACAAAGUUUACCUGGGCAAGCAUGCCCUGGGGCGUGUGGAGGCAGGCGAGCAGGUGAGGGAGGUAGUCCGCUCUAUCCCCCAUCCUGAAUACCAGAUCAACCCCACCCACCUGAACCAUGACCAUGACAUCAUGCUGCUGGAGCUACAGUCCCUGGUCCAGCUCACAAGCCACAUUGGCAUCCUGCCACUUUCCCACAAUGUCUACCUACCCCCUGGAACCUGCUGUCGAGUGUCUGGCUGGGGCACUACCACUAGCCCUCAGGUGAGUUACCCAAAAACCUUACAAUGUGCCAACAUCCAACUACACUCAGAUGAGGAGUGUCGUCAAGUCUACCCUGGAAGGAUCACUUCCAACAUGCUGUGUGCUGGCACAAAAGAGGGUGGCAAGGAUUCCUGUGAGGGUGACUCUGGAGGCCCCCUGGUCUGUAAUGGAACACUCCAUGGCAUCAUCUCCUGGGGAGACUUCCCCUGUGGGCAGCCCAACCGACCUGGUGUCUACACUCGAGUCUCUCAAUACGUUCCAUGGAUCCAGGAAACAAUCCAAAAAUGCAAAAUCUAGGAGCAGAAAUGGACAAAGGGCCCACAAUAAAAGUCGUGUUCAUUUCUGGCCUCCUUCCUCCCCCAUGCCCUCCUUCCUCAGUAUACCCAGCCCUCCUCUGCCUCUCCCAAACUGUUCCAUUCUAGCUAAUGACCCGUGUUCUCAAAAUGUUCAAUUCCAGCUGGAUGUUCUAUGUUUCAGAAGCAUCUAGUCACUGCCAACAUUGUGGUCUCCCAAACCUUGCAUCCCUGAAACAUACCAGUCUCCUUAAUGUCCUCAACCCAAACAACAUUCCAGGUCUCCUAAAUGUUUCAACAUGGCUAACAUAGACCCAAAAUUUCUGGUGGUACAAUGAUUAAGUACUUGGCUGCUAACCAAAAAGUCUAUGGUUUGAACCCACCAGCUGUUCCAUGGGAGAAAAGACCCAGCAUCCUGCUCC